AUGGCGGAAAUAUUUUCAUCAGCGACACCAACGCCACAAUUAAGUAGCCUAUUUGUACGUGACCGCUGUUCUUCAUCCACAUUUCAACGUUUUUUACUUUAUACAUAUAUUCCAUUUGGUAUAUUAUUAUUUUGCCUACGUGUUAUCAUUGGUGCACAUAUUUUUCUUACUGCUUGUAUUCUACGCAAAACGAUGUUACUGAGGUGUACAGUAUUACGGGUAAUGUCUUGCUUAUUGGGCUUGGUAGUAUUCAGCGGUGGACCAGCUGGAAAUUGGGAUAACAAAACGCAUCUUCUAGUUGCAAACCAUAUUUCAACGCUUGAUCACAUGGCGGUAGACUUAAUUGAACCUUGCAUAUUACCUUCUGUUUGGGAUGUACCCAAUCUUUUACGUUGGUGCCUAGGAUACAAAGAUCUAGGAGCCCGUCAUGGACGUGCGGAACUUAUUCGUCGUUCAAAAAUAUUCUGCGAAAAGAAUGCUUUACCUCUUCUCACUUUUCCAGAAGGAGCAAUGACGAGUGGUUCUACUGGUCUUCUCAAAUUUAGUACUUGGCCAUUUGAAAUAGCUGAUUCGGUCCAGCCUGUAUUAAUAUCAGUAUAUCGGCCUUUUUUUGGCAAUAUCGCGAUAUCAGUUUUGGGUGGCACAUGGUGGCAAGAUGUUUUCUAUUUUCUGUUUGUACCGUUCACUAUCAUGAAAAUACGUUGGCUUCAUCCGCUGCAUCGAAGGAAGAGCUCAGAUUCACAUAAACCAAGCGAAACAAUUGAAGAAUUCACGAAACGAGUUGCAGAUAUUAUGGCUACCAGAUUAGGUAUUGCUGCUACCUCAUUCACUUCUCAAGAUGCGAUUGAGGAAGCAAAGCGACAUCUUGAAGGAAGGCGACGGUCGUUUCUAAACAUAAGAUUGAAUAAUUAUUCUCCGAGGAAAAACCAAUCGUGGCAAAGUGUAAAAAGUAUAGCCGAGUACCUCGAUACAUUGACAAUGAAAAUUAAGCAGGCUUUUCCAGCAGUUCCACUUCUAGCAAUAAGAGAAGAUCUGGAACAAACGCAAGAUGGUAAUGCGACAUGUGAACGUAUAACAACGGGAAAAAUAAAAUUGAAUCCGUUAGAGAAUGAUGAUUUAUUGCCGGGAACUAAUCCACGGCAAUGGUCAAGAAUAUAUAGUCAUCGAAAAUGGAAUCUUAUUGAAAUAAAUCGUGCUAAAUAUUUGAAACGAAUGGGCGAAGAAUUAUUUGUUGAACAGUUAGAGCAUGGAAUUAAUUCAUGA